AUGUCAUCCCAAUUACCAGAAGAUCAUGAAAUCCGCGACGUAAUAAUCAUCGGUGCAGGACCAUGCGGCCUCGCCGUCGCCGCCCGCCUUAGCGAAGAAACGCCAUCAGCCGUCUUCACAGACGAAGAGCACCAACGCUACCACUGGAUCAAGAAGCACAGCGGCCGGAUGGCUUUGGUACAAGCGCGUCACAGCAAGAUCAACGGAGUGCGAGCCACAAAAUGGGACAGUGAACGUGGAUGUCCUUGUCAAGAAGACCGACAACGGCGCACCUCGACCGACUCUGCAUCUUCCGUGCCGUCGCUAUCGUCCGCAUCAUCAACAUCGUCAAUAUCAUCUAUUUCAACUCUAGUGCUUGAUGGGUCUGGGGAUAAAUGGAUGCAGCGAUGGAAGAAUGCAUUCCGCAUGUUGGAGAUUAAACAGCUUCGCAGCCCGAUGUUCUUCCAUGUUGAUCCCGGUGAUCGGGAUGGUAUGCUGGCUUAUACGCAGGAGAGUGGGAGAGAAGCGGAUUUAUGGGAGAUUUCUGGGUGUGUCGGGAAGGAGAUGAGCAAGCAUAAGAAGAAGAAGAGGAGGCAGGGUGGGAAGACUCAAACGAUCGGGGCCGAGAUUGACGAGCGAGAUCGGAAAGAUUACUUCUCGCCUUCCACAGACCUCUUUUCGGAUUAUUGUUCAUCGAUUAUCCAGCGGUAUGGCCUGGAUGAGCCCGGUCAGAUCUUGCAGCGCGAAGCUACAGAUCUAUCAUAUGAUUAUCUUUCUGAUAGUUCAGAUUCCAAGGUGUUUACUGUCACCACAUCCACAGGAGAGAAGUUUUAUAGUCGAGCUGUUGUUCUGGCCAUCGGUCCUGGCGGAGCAGAUGUAUCGAAGAUUUAUCCUUGGAAACCAUCAACGGAAGAAGAGGGUGCUGCAGCAUGUUGCCACAGUACGGAGAUCAAGACAUUUCCUAGUCCCAAUGUACGGAACAAGAUUCAGCGGCGGCAGGAGACCAAUGUGGUCAUAGUGGGAGGCGGGCUAUCAUCUGCACAAGUCGUCGAUUUGGCGGUGCGCAAUGGCGUUACUAAAGUGUGGUGGCUGAUGAGAUCUGGUCUGAAAGUCAAACACUUCGAUAUCAGUCUGCCCUGGAUGGGAAAGUACAAGAACUGGGAGAAAGCAGCUUUCUGGUCUGCCGACACCGACGAAGAGCGCCUUGAAAUGCUCCAAACAGCCAGAAAUGGUGGUAGCAUUACACCUCGUUAUGCAAAGAUCAUAAAGCAACACGUAGCACAACAUCGUGUCUCCAUCCACCCAUACACAGAAAUCAAAACCCACGAUUAUAAUCUAGCCACCAAGACCUGGACCCUAACAACCGACCCACCAAUCCCCGAGCUCCCCGCAAUUGACUACAUCUACUUCGCAACCGGAGCGCGGGCGGACGUGCGCGAGAUGCCGCUGCUCCGCGCAAUGAACGAUCAAUAUCCGAUCGAGGUCAAGUCAGGUUUCCCUUGUCUAACGAAUGAUCUGUCAUGGCGGGAUGACGUGCCAUUAUUUAUGACAGGCCGUAUGGCGUCUCUUCGACUUGGGCCUGGGGCGCCGAACCUCGAAGGCGCGAGGGUGGGAGCGGAACGUGUUGCAUGGGCCAUGGAGGACGUGCUGCAUAAAGGCAGGGAUGUUGGUGGACAGUGUGAGGGGUUCUGUGGGCAUGGGAAUCGGUAUGCUUCGCUGCUUGGGGAGCACGAUGAAUGA